AUGCGGGCGCCACUCUGCCUGUUGCUGCUCGUCGCCCACGCCGUGGACAUGCUCCCCCUGAACCGAAGGAAGAAGCAAGUGGGCACUGGUCUGGGGGGCAACUGCACAGGCUGUGUCAUCUGCUCGGAGGAAAACGGCUGCUCCACCUGCCAGCAGAGACUCUUCCUGUUCAUCCGCCGGGAAGGUAUCCGCCAGUACGGCAAGUGUGUGCACGACUGUCCCUCCGGCUACUUCGGCGUCCGCGGGCAGGAGGUCAACAGGUGCAAAAAAUGCGGGGCCACGUGCGAGAGCUGCUUCAGCCAGGACUUCUGCAUCCAGUGCAAGAGGAGGUUUUUCCUGUACAAGGGGAAGUGUCUGCCCACCUGCCCGCUGGGCACCGUGGCCCAGCCCAGCACACGGGAGUGCCAGGAAGAAUGUGAGCUGGGCCCCUGGGGCAGCUGGAGCCCCUGCGUGCACAACGGCAAGACGUGCGGCUCGGCCUGGGGCCUGGAGACCCGGGUGCGGGAGGCUGGCAGGGCCGGGCGGGAGGAGGCGGCAAUCUGCCAGGUGCUGUCCGAGUCAAGGAAAUGUCCCAUCCAGAGGCCCUGCCCAGCAGAGAGGAACCCCAGCCAGAAGAAGGGCCGCAGAGACCGGCGUCCGCGUAAGGACAGGAGGCUGGACCGCACGCUGGACGUGAGGCCCCGCCCACCAGCCUGA